AUGGACUUGACGGCACUGAGAGACCUUCUUUCCAGGUAUGGCAGGGGCACCCUGCCCGAUGAGAAUGUACUUCAGGAUGCACUGAACGACUCAAAUCAUGGCACGGCGUUCAAGGAGUGGAUCAGCACGCACACCGGCACCGAAAAUCUUCUCUCCAAGGACGAGCUCUCUCUGUACUUGUCGCUCGACCAAGCUGGGCUGGUCGAUGAGCUCGUGGCAUCCAAAGAAUUAGCCACAGUCGAGGCGAUAGGGGAGGCUGAGCUUAGGGCCGCGGUUCAGGAGCUCGACCGCUCCACGACCAUCAUCAACAAGCAGACUGAGACGCUGAGGCAACACCACAACGCCUUGGCUAAGCUUGCGGAUGGUAACGCUAAGUCGACGGAGUCACGUCGGGAGAUGGAGGCCAACUGGACUAGCAGGCGGGCAGCAGAGCGCCGUGCGCUUGGCUCAAAAGUCGAGGAACUCUCGCAGCAACUAGGCUAUAGGUCGUCAGAUAUGGAGCAGCAGGCAGCCAUGACCACCGAAAGCGUACAUGAAGUGAUCGAAGAAGCUUUGAGAUCGGACGACAAGCUGCUUUCAAGCCUGCAAAAGCUGGGGUGGGAGCUCGACCCCGAAGACCCCGAAGAGACGCAAAAUGUUGCAACACUAAGAGAAUGUUGUAUGAGGGUUAUCAAGUAUACCGUUGAGGUGACACGUACCAAGCUUGACCGGACAUAUCUUGAAGCUCUUGAGUCGGCUCCUCGCAGCGAACACACGGAUGCACCAGCCGGCGAAGUAAAAGCCUUACAAGAAGAGCUGGAGUCCCUCUAUACGGAGAUACUUCCUGUCGCCCAGAUGUCGGUCGAGCAGCAGUAUCUUGAACCUGCCUUGAAGUCGCUUUCGGACAAGAACGGGCAGUCCGUCAGUCGGUCUAUGGCUGCAAUUUCAUAUGUGAGCAUCUCAAUGCUUUAUGUUGUUUAA